AAGGUGACGCAGACUCAGAGAACCCUGCUGCGUCAGUUGGACAGCCAGCAGCAGCUGGAGGGAGAGCUGAUCUCAGGCCUGAGACUUGUUUCUCUGUAAACUGAAGGGAGUUUUCUGUCUGAACUCAUCGUAAUAUUUAUCAAAGAUGGCUGAAGGUGACAACAGAAGCGCGAACCUGUUGGCUCAGGAAACGGCCCAGCUGGAGGAGCAGCUGCAGGGCUGGGGGGAGGUGAUCCUGGCUGCAGACCGGGUCCUGCGCUGGGAGAGACCCUGGUUCCCUGGAGCUCUGCUCGGUGUGAGCAGUGUGGUCUUCUUGCUGGUGUACUACCUGGACCCUUCAGUCCUGACCGGACUGUCCUGUACCGUCAUGCUGCUGUGCCUGGCUGAUUACCUGGUGCCCACCCUCGCCCCCAGGGUCUUUGGCUCCAACAAGUGGACCACGGAGCAGCAGCAGCGCUUCCAUGAGAUCUGUGGGAACCUGGUGAGGACUCAGCGCCGGGUCGUGGGCUGGGGGAGGCGUCUCUGCACCCUCAAAGAGGAGAAACCCAAAGUGUACUUUGCCUCAGUGAUCAGCAGCCUGCUGACGGUGGCCUGGAUCGGACAGCAGGUCCACAACCUGCUGCUCACCUACCUGAUAGUGAGCUUCCUGCUGCUGCUGCCGGGUCUGAACCAACAUGGAAUCAUCACAAAGUACACGGCCAUGGCCAAGAGGGAGAUCAACAAGCUGCUGAAGCACAAGGAGAAGAAGAAUGAGUAGAGGAAGUGAGGGGGAGGAACAGGAAGUGAGGGGGAUGUUUUUACAGUAAAUGCAGGUUUGAUUUGUCUCUGUGCAAAAAGCACUUUUAGUUUGUCAUGUUUUAGUUCUUCACCUGUCACUGUGUGACCUUUGACCCCGUCCCUUCAGAAACAGCUGCUGUGCAUGAAGCUUCUCCAUCACGUCUUUAAUGUUUGAAUUAUAUCCUUCUGGAUUUAGUUACCUGUGACUACUGAGCUGUUUGAACAUCAUUUGAACUUGUUUCUGAACAAAGUGCUGAAAACUAAACUGGAUUGAAAGUCUGGAGUCAGACUGUCUGCUGAAACUUUUGUUUUGUUUUUCUUCUUCUGUCUCUGAAGCUCCAGCAGUGAAUAAAGUUUGAUUUGAACUUCC